AUGCAGAUGCUUCCGAAAUCGCACCGAUAUUUUGCUGUACCUAGUUUUCAAUGCCGAGCAGCAGCUUUACGAUAUCCGCCUGCACCGGCAAGAGGAUUCCAUAGUACAAAGAGCAACGUUCAGAAUCUCAUGGUCAACGAGACUACACGUGUCAUCUACCAAGGCUUUACAGGGAAAACUGCAACCAACAAUGCAAGAGAUGCCAUCGCGUACGGAACAAACAUUGUAGGCGGAGUUUCGCCCAAGAAAGGAGGCACAACUAAUCUCGAUCUGCCUGUGUUCGCCACUGUUCGUGGGGCAGCCCAAUCGGUUCGCCCUAAUGCGAGUCUGGUUCACGUCCCUGCCUCGUUCGCUGCAGGUGCGAUAGAGGAGGCAAUUGAGGCCGAGAUCCCUCUCAUUGUCGCCAUUGUCGAACACAUUCCUGUACAUGAUAUGCUCCGAGUCCACGAGAUACUGAGAACGCAGAGUAAAUCGCGACUCAAAGGCCCAAACACACCAGGAAUUCUAGCUCCUGGAAAAUGCCGCAUUGGCAUUAUUCCGGCCGACCAGUGUGCUCCAGGCAAGGUUGGCAUCAUCUCACGAAGCGGCACCAUGAUCUACGAAGCAAUUGGCGCAACCAUGAGAGCCGGGCAAGUUCAAAGCCUUGUCCUUGGUCUGGGAGGCGACUCCAUGCCAGGUACCACUAUGAAAGAAGCUCUCGAGGUGCUGCUACAUGAUUCGGCUACAGAGACGAUUAUCCUCAUCGGAGAAAUCGGAGGUUCAGCUGAGGUCGAAGCAGCUGAGCUUCUCAAGAGCUUCCGCGCUGAGAACGGCAUGUUCAAACCCGUCAUCAGUAUCAUUUCAGGACGAACAGCUCCGCCUGGGCGCGCUAUGGGUCACGCGAGAGUACUGCAGGACUCUGGGGCUCGUGUUUUAGAUCAUCCUGGGUUGCUGGAGAAUGAGCUUCGAGCUAUUUUCUCAUGA